AUGCAACUAGACUUGGUACCAACGCGUAUCAUCUUCGAGAGAGCUACCACAUCUUCUGAAUCUCCAACGGCACUGACAGGAACGUGCAUAUCGUGUCCCGCAGUUACAGACACCUGUGACACUUUGAAUUGUGAUUCAGAUGAAGAGUGUAAACAGGUAGCACAGAGUUGUUACUCGUGCGCCAAACUUUACUGUGCUAAAAGCUCGGACUCUUCAGGUAGUGGUGCGCCGAUCGGUGGGAUCGUGGGAGGUGUUGUAGGAGGGUUGGCCAUUUUGGCGAUUGCUGCUCUAUUAUAUUACUUCUUUGUAUGGAAAAAGAAGCAUCCUGUUGCGUUGGCGGACGACGAUAUCAUGAUGAGUGGAGCCGUGAGCGGCAGUCUUAGCGGUGAGGAAGGAGAAAGUAGCUAUGCUAUCAGUCAGAUGGAUAGUCAAUUUGGUGUGGACCCUGCUACUGCACCUUUGGCUAAUUCUACCACUACUUCGGGAGGUUCUGGAGCAGCAGAGAAGCGGCCAUCAAACAGGAGACUUUCAACUUAUGAAUCGUUCACCCGACCUCAGGCUAGGUAUGCCAACAAGAAGGUACAGAAUAGAAGUAUAAAUAAACUGCAACAGCAACAACAGCUAGUGCAACUACAACAACAGCAAAACCUGCUGUUGCAGCAACAACUCCACCAGCAGCAAGUCUACUUGGACCACAACAGCUCAAACAGAAAUUCCGUGGCCACUUCCAUUUCGACUACGAAUGCAUCAAACAUUUUACCCAUUGCAUAUAUCCCAGGGGUUACCGUACGUCCUACUAAAAACAAUACCCGGUCUAUUUAUUCAUACGAGACAGAGUCUGUAUUCUCAGAUUUAAACACUAUUGAAAAUGCAUCGAUUAUUGGGGCAAGACCUCACCAAUCUGAGCACCAGAAAGAUGGUACUAUGACUGCUAUCAAAGCUCAACCAAGGUUGGUUAAUGUAGGAAAAAUAGAAGAGGAAGAGGACGAAGAUGAAGAGGAGGACGACGAUGAUGAUGCCGAUGACGAUGACGAUGAAGAUGAAGAUGAGGAUGAUGAUGAUGGUGAAAACGAUGACGAUGACGAAGACGACGACGACGACGACGAGGAAACUGAUUCGGACUUGGAUUCGGAUUCAGAUCUUGAAAACUACAAUGCCAAAAUCGUAGGAAACAAUCGAGCAUCGAAACAAACAAUGAAUACCGUGACAACUACAGAAAGUGAAGAUUCGGAUAUUGAUUCGGAUCUUGGUGAAAUAGAGAGAGCAACGAGUUUAAGAAGAACUGCCAGAAUGGUCAAUGGACCAACACUCACAACUGUCAAUGGAGCCGGAGCAGGAGAGGGAAGUUUGGAUUCUCCGCAAAUAUCCCAAGGAGGUGCCAGUACUUUGAAUUAUGUUGACAUGGAAAGACCGAACAUACCCACUAGAGCUGAUCUGCCGCAAUCAAGUAAUCAUGGAUCGUUCUUAUUGAAUGUUGACUUAGUAGGACCAAGUCCUAAGAAGAACACCGACAGUGCUCGUCAGAGCCCAUUUGAAGACCCUAAGAGUUAA